CCCUCGGCCACUGUUUGGUAAAUGUUCAUCUGCGGUCAACGAACAGCCACGUUUUCAAAUUUGGAGCCACUCCGGGAUAGGUCACGUGUUUCCGGUUCCAACUGCGACUUCUUUCCGCGUGUGGUUACCAUAGUAACAGGAGUAUCCAAACGAGCAGCAGGUAUGAGCAAAGAUGCAACUUUCUCCCGAAAUCAGCCCUUCGCCGUCGACUAUGGCGGAAAGGUCCUUGUGGAGCAUCUGGAAUACGAUUACAUUGGAAAAUGCAGGGAUGUAAGAUACCUGGAAAUGAUCCUGAGAGUACUUAGGUCUGGCGACGAGGGCAUUUAUCCUCAUUUGAUUGAGUUCUGUGAGAGUCACUUGGAGAAACUGGACCCCAGUAGUCGAGCGCUCAGGAAGGAGAACCCAGUGGCCACAGCAGCCAGCCUCCCCAGCGAUGAGUGGAGCCAAAUUGUUGAAGAUUUGAAGAUGUGGCAAGAAGAAACCAAAAAGACGGAAACUUCCCUAAAGCAGAUGUUUGAUGAAUUAGAGAAUAAAAAUAUGCCACCUAUAAGAGGUUCCUAUUGCACCGUUCCUCUUCAUCAGACUUCAGUUCCAAAAGAAAAGUGGAAUUCUUCCAAACGGACUCUGCCAAGAGAUUAUAGGGAAUGGGACAAUUUUGAUGCUGAGGAAGAAUGUGAAAGAAUCGACAGGAAUUUGAUCAAAAGCAGUCCAGCUGUCAACACAAGACCUUUCAAAAUCAAGACUGAAGUGGAUGUUACAUUGCUCACGGAACAGGAGAAGCUCCCUCUGGCAAAUCGCGAAAAGGACAAAGGCAAUGAAGCUUUCAGAGCAAACGACUACGAGGAGGCUGUUGCAUACUAUUCCAGGAGCCUUUCCAUUAAACCAACAGUGGCUGCGUUCAAUAACAGAGCUCAGGCAGAGAUCAAGCUAAAGCAUUGGCACAAUGCCAUGAGCGACUGUCUGAGGGUACUCGAGCUGCAACCUGGGAAUGUGAAAGCCCUGCUACGCCGUGCAACCGUUUAUAACCACAUGGGCAACUUCCAAAGGGCUGCCGAGGACCUGAGGGUGGUGCUCCUGGAAGAGCCGCAGAAUCCUGCAGCCAUGCAACUUCUGUCCAAAACUGAGAAGAAGAUGAAAAAAGAUGAACCGGGGAAGCAAUGUAAAGGCAAGACGAUCCUCAUCCAAGAAGUAGAAGAGGAAGAGGACUGCAAUAGCGAUGAGACAAAAGCAAAACAGACGGCUCAUCCGGUUGAACCCAGCCAGCCUGUGGGAGGGGAGGAGAGCUCAGCUGCUCCUGGUCGAAGGGAAGUCAUGGGUAACGCUCAGAAGAAGCCCCACGGCAGAGGGGACAGGGGUCCUCACGGCGAGGCCGGCGCCCCCCACCAUGGCCCCCGCAGGGGCAAAGGAGCCAGCGCGGACAAGUACCGAGCCGCGCACGACUCCGGGGAGAAGGCGGCCAACGGGACGGGCAAGCGGGGCUCCACAGCCUCGGUGCCGGCUGAUCCGACCGGCGGCAGUAAGGAGAGCCAUGCGGGGGGAGCUGUCAACCUGGAUGCCCCGUGCGGAGCUCUGCCCCCCCCUCUCGCCCGGCUAAAGAACGAAGGGAACCUGCUGUUUAAAAAUGGACAGUUUGCCGAUGCGCUGGAGAAAUAUUCACAAGCCAUUCAAGGCUACACGGAAUCAGGCAUCGAUAGUCCGGAUGACUUAUGUACUCUGUACUCUAACAGAGCGGCUUGUUACCUUAAAGAUGGGAACAGUCAAGAGUGCAUACAGGACUGCACAAGAGCCCUGGAGCUCCAGUCAUUCUCCCUCAAGCCCCUCCUGCGCCGGGCCAUGGCUUACGAGUCCCUGGAGCGCUACCGGAAGGCCUACGUGGAUUACAAGACCGUCCUGCAGAUAGACUGCGGCGUGCAGGCCGCGCACGACAGCGUCAAUAGAAUCACCCGGCUGCUGAUUGAGCAGGACGGCGCCGAGUGGCGGGAGCAACUUCCGGACAUCCCCCUGGUCCCCCUGUCGGCUCAGCAGCACCGCAGAGAGGAGCCGCCAAGCGCAGAAGUCCUGCAGGCUCGAGCAGAGAAGGCAGCCAUGGACACAGAGAGGAAAGCAGAAGCGCGUUUCACGGCAUUGAAGCAGGAGGGGAACGACUUUGUGAAGAAGGGCCAAUACCAGGAGGCACUGGGAAAGUACAGCGAAAGCCUCAAGCUAAAGCCUGAAGAGUGCUCCAUCUACACCAACAGAGCCCUGUGCUACCUGAAGCUGGAGAGGUUUGCUGAAGCCAAGAAGGACUGUGACGCAGCACUGAGGGUGGAGCCAAACAAUAAGAAGGCCUUCUACAGACGAGCCCUGGCUAAUAAAGGCCUCAAGGACUACUUGGCGUGCAGAGCCGACCUACAGGAGGUGCUGCAGCAGGAUCCCAACGUGCAGGAGGCCGAGAAGGAGCUGGAGGAGGUCACUGUGCUACUUGGACAGAGUUUGGCCAUCGCCGAUGCUUCACUAGCCAAACCCAGAAAGACUGUCCCCAUCACUGAGGUUGACGGAGACGAGGAAACGGCGAGCGUGUCGGUCUCUGGGGCCGGCCACAGAGGAGAGGCCGCCGCCAUCAACCUCCGGCCGACCAACGCCUACGAGUUUGGCCAGGCUUUGAACACGGCUCGCUGCAGCGGAAACACGGCGGCCUGCGCCGACCUGCUGGCCUCCACGACCCCGGAGACGCUCCCCCAGCUCCUUAGUACCCAGCUGGAUGGACACACCAUCGGCUUCAUCAUGCAGGCGCUGGACUCCCACCUCCUGGAAAGAGACCCCAGCCUGGUGUACCAACACCUCAACCAUCUGCACACCGCCAAUAGGUUCUCGCUUGUGUUGAUGAUGCUGGAGAAGGACGAGCGGAACCACAUGACCCACCUGUUCGAGCGUCUGUCCGCCGUGCAUAGCUCAGAGUUCACUAAGAACGAUCUUCAGAAUCUGGCCAACAAAUACAUCUGACUCGUGCGAUUAUUUGCUCCCCCGCUGCAUGCGCCGCCGCGCUACUACAACUCCUGGAUUCUAUGCAAAGACUCUGCACAAGAACUGAGCACACAAAAAGCAGGAAGCUGCAGAAUGUGUCCUGAAGCAAUGCAGCAAACUGAGUCCCACUCACACGACCAUCUGAUCACUGUACAUUUUCAGGGACGCCACAAGGAAUAUAUUUUUCCCUCUAGAACGUUUUGCUAUGCAAAUUUAAUUUUGUACCACCACUAACCAUUUGCAUUGUAUAACAGCGGGACCGUAUGGACCUUUCCCUUUACUGAUAAAUAGUCCAAUGUACAAUGUUAUGCAAUGACAUUACUGAGCUCUGUUGUUCCGAUCAUAAGUUGAUACUAGUCCUUUGCUGAAUGAACUUUUGUCAGACACCACUAAGAUCUGAAAUAAUAUUCAGUGCACACUGAAUACGAACUCCCCAAGGAACACGUGCUACAGAGUGAAUACGUUUCAGAAGCAUAAAGAUAAAGAAACCAUUCUAUUAUGCCCACAUGUUCUCUGGGGGAGAAAGGCCUGCAUGACGUCUUGUUGCUGUUCAGUGCAGUAUGAUAGUGGCACCGCUUGGACUGAAAUCUACUGAAUGUUGUAGGACAAAAUACAAUUUGUAACCUUACAUGCAUUAAAUACUUUAUUCAGCUAUGCAGUUAGCAGAUCUGGGUUCUAAUGUCAAGGCACUCAAGGCUGGAGGAUCAACAUCAGAGUUUACCAAACUAGCCAGCGCACAUCUGCAGGUCCACGGAAAUUCAGCCGUGCAGAUGUGCACACUGGAGAGAAGCAUCUUUCCCAGAUGUGUGCCUUAGAGUUCAGGCUAGGGGUUGGACUCUUGGUUGGGUAUUUAAUUCUCAUUUUGGAGUGUGGAGAUACUCCAGAAGAGGGUGUUUGUUUGUCCCUCAGUAGCUUUUAUCAACAUGUUUAAUUGUUUGGAUUUGUGCAUCAGAAAUCAUAUGUAUUAAGUUACAUGUGUAAUUGUUUAAAUUCUUCUGGAAUGAAUUUGCAGAUUUAAGUUAUUUGAUGUGAAAGGGACAGUUCACCCCAUAAUUAGAAAUACAUUGGUUCUAUCUGCAAAGCUAUUAAUGCACUAUGGUGCCUGGUGUAGGUGUUUAUCGACGUAUAGAAUAGUAAAUAAAACCAAACAUGCCAGUCACUCAAUAUGAUCCACAGAUGUGUGAGCAAUUUCAUGGCGUUUUUGAUUUUGGGAUGAACUGCCCUUUCUAAGUUUCUCAUUUUUCCAUUCCAGUCAUCCAAACCUGUGUUUUCAAAUGUUUUAUCAAUUCUACAUGAAUGUACCAAAUGAAGUUCAGGGGGAGAAGUUCGGGGGCGAGAGGCAAUAAUUUCUCUUCAGCAUUAUACUCCUGCAGAGAUGUAAAACAAUUGUAGAGCAUUCACAGAGGGCUAUUCACUCAACUGGAAAAACAUGCUUUCGUCUGUGCAGCGAUGAAAUCAAGUAGUUCAUUAAAAAUUUUAAUUGAA